CCCCGAUUCAAUAACAAUGGCCAAAAAGAAAUCGGCGGGAGGGGCCGCCGUGAACAAGGCGGCCGCCAAAGCCGCCAAGAAGGCCAAGGCAGCAGCCAAAGUUGAGCGCAAGGAGAAGAAGAAGGUAGGGAAGGGGCGCGAUGAGGAGGACGACGGUGAGGAUCUGGAGGCGAUCCUGGAAAAUAUGCGACAGGAAUGGGAGGCGAAGCACAAGGUGACUGAGGAGCUAGUGGAAGGCCCACCGAGUCGGCGAGCGAAUGCUGUAUUGCUCGCGGACCCUAGCGGCCAGUACCUCUGGUGCAUCGGCGGGGAGUUCUUCAGCGAGGACGACAAGGCGUACUUCUACAACGACACUUUCCGGUAUAAUCCAGAGAAGAAUGAAUGGAAGAAAUACGUCUCUCCUACGGCGCCAGGACCGCGCUCUGCCCACGCAGGCGUAGCCCUGCCGGCUGGAGGCGGGAAGAUCUUCAUCUUUGGCGGCGAAUUCUCGUCUCCAAACCAGCGGAACUUCUUUCACUACCGCGACUUCUGGGUCUUCGACCUGACGACGCAUGAGUGGGACAGCAUCGAGACGAAGAAGGAGCGUCCGAGCGCGCGCUCCGGUCAUCGAAUGGCUCAGUGGAAGCAUUAUAUCUUCCUGUAUGGAGGCUUCUAUGAUCCAGGAUUUACCACGAAAUACCUCGACGAUCUAUGGUACUUCGACACUCAAGAAUAUAAGUGGACGCAGGUGAUCUUCCGAUCUGGGGCCUCAAAACCUUCCGCACGCAGCGGCUUCUCAUUCCUUCCCCAUCCUGACGGAAUCCUCUUGCACGGUGGCUACUGCAAAGAAUACGUCAAGGGACAGCGGCCAGUCGGCGUCAUGCUGGAAGAUACCUGGCUACUCAAGAUAUCCAUCCCGACACCCGAUCCCGACAAGCCAGAGCCUACGACAUCCAAGAAAGGCGCAAAGGCGCCCGAAGAUACUCUCGACAUCAAGUGGCAGCGCUUGAAGCGCCCAUUGACUCCGCACGCGCCAACUCUGCGUUCAGGCUGCACGAUGGCGCUCUGGGCAGCGAAGAAUCAGGGCAUUAUGUUUGGCGGCGUGUCCGACGAGGACGUCAAUGAGGAGACCAUGCGUAGUGUGUUCUACAAUGACUUAUACGCCCUCCAGCUAGAACGCAACCGAUGGAGCUCGCUCACUCUCAAGCGUCCGAAGAAAGCCAAGGGGAAGAAGGCCAACGCCGCACCUGCACCCAAGAAACCAGGCGAAGGGGAGAUAGUCGAGAAGACGAAAGAGCAGAAGGGGCGGCAGCGACUGGCGGCGAUUCGCCUGGGAGCGGAUCCGGAUGACUUGGAGCCGGACGACCCGAUCUUCAGCACGCCGCUGCCGAGGUAUAAUGCGAUGUUGGCGGUGUUGAAGAAUACGCUGUAUAUAUACGGCGGCAUCUUCGAGCAGGGGACGCACGAGUAUACGCUGGAUGACUUCUAUUCCAUCGUCCUCGACAAGCUCGACCGCUACAUCUGCCUCCGCGAGUCCGAGGUCGUCAUCCCCGAGGAGGAAGACGAGUCGAGCGACGAAAGCGAGGGCGACGACGAGAACGACGAGGGUACCGACAGCGAAGAUGAGGGCACAGUAUACGACGACAACGCCAGCGUCUUCGACGAUAACGCCAGCGUCAUUAGCGACGGCGACAGCACCCUCGUCGGCGGGUCCACGCGCGCGCCCUCGCCCGUCGAGUUCGAGCUUGACGAGCAGGCGAUGCCGGCGGUCGCGGAGGAGGUGGAAGACGGGCCGCUGGUGAAGCCGAAGGGGAAAGUGGUGGAGGAGGUAGAGGAGCAAGAAGAGGCGAUGUCGAUCCCGGAAGCCGUGUCUGCGGCGCUGAAGGGUAAACUGAUUGGGGAGCAGUCGCCGGAGGAUGCGAAUGAGACACCUCUGCCGGGAGAGACGUUGGCGAUGUUUUAUCACCGGACUCGUGAAUACUGGUCGCAAAAGGCCGCUGCCGGCGGCGACGUCCGCGGGAAACAAGCGAAGCGCGAUGGGUUUGCGAAGGCUAAAGAGCGCUAUGACGAAUACAAACCCCUCCUUCACGAGCUUGAGCGCGUCAUGGCAGACGCUGGAUUGGACAAGGACGAGAUGCGGGCUGCGGCAAAGUCGGUGGGCCGCGAGCCGCAGGUGACGAGUCGGCAUAGGAGAUGAGAUCCAUGCACUCUCCAUGGCCAUGUGGCUUUAUGGUCACAACACGUGUUCCGUUUUAUGGCCGACGCACGUACCGUAUCCAUCCCGGGACGGUUACCUUUGUACUUGUUUGUGCUUCAUUGUACAACACAUCUCAUUGUUUGUUCCUCGCAUACAUAUGUAUUUUACCUUUUGUAUUGAGACGCUGUAUCCCACAUGCUGGCAUGAUCAGGC